CACUGUGGUAUUAGGUAAUUCUCCUCUUCCUAGCAAAAGAUUGCAGAAUCUACUGUCCUGCUGAUUGGCGGGUAAUACUGCGGUCUGGUUGUGCUCACAUGGUAGUAUGGAGGCCUUCUGAUUUUCCAGAACAACUAUCAAAUUUCCCUGGAAAAGCUUUGACACGAAUAAGAUUGUUUCGAUCGUCUUGCAUCCUCUAUUAAGCGGUAUCAGCGAUUGAUUUGAAUUAUCAGCUCACCCCUUUCCACAGAGGGCAACACCUUUGAUGGAACCAGUUAGUUCAUCCUAAGAGUGGUUUCCGGGCCAAGAAAAAAUUAGCAACAUAAAGAGGGUGCUCACAGUGCGGGUAAGCAGGGAAGAACAAGAAGGAGCAGUGGCAGGAGCACCCGAUUUUCAACUUCAUCAAACUGUCUGGUUAAGGUAUGCUCUUCCUGUCUUUUGCGAAGAUAAUCUAGGGUUUCAAAUAUGCCGGGCAUUUCAGAAAUUUUAACCUUACCGGCACCUCCGCCGGAGGGCAUUUCUGGCCCUUUACCACCCUCCCAGCUCUCCGCUGAUAACGACAUCAAUGCGGUAGAAAACAAAGAAAUUCAGAACCUAAGCAAUUUAAGCAUAUCAGGGUCUGAAUCUGUUGCCACACAUACGAAAACUAUCGGAAUAAUCCACCCGCCCCCGGACAUCCGCAACAUUGUCGACAAAACCGCGCAGUUUGUUGCCCGCAAUGGCCCCGAGUUCGAAAAGAGAAUUCUUGCAAACGAGAAAAACAACUCAAAGUUCAAUUUUUUAAACCCUAGCGACCCUUACCAUGCAUAUUAUCAACACCGAGUUUCAGAAUUCAGGUCCCAGGUUCUAAACCCGGUGCAAUCACAAGCGGCACCGGCCGGUGGGGCGGCCGAGGCGGGUGCAACUGCACCAGCUGCUGCUGAAGCAAAGUUAGCAGAUUUACCGGCUAGACCGGUGGCCAAACCCUUAUUGCCUCCCGAGGCAGAGCAGUAUACCGUAAGACUUCCCGAGGGCAUUACCGGUGAAGAACUGGAUAUUAUUAAGCUUACUGCACAGUUUGUGGCAAGGAAUGGUAAAACCUUUUUACAUGGACUGACGAGCCGUGAAGUAAAUAAUCCUCAGUUUCACUUCCUCAAGCCUACGCACAGCAUGUUUACGUUUUUUACCUCCCUCACGGAUUCAUAUUCUAGGGUUUUGAUGCCUGCUAAGGGUUUGGUGGAGAAGCUGAGGAAGGAUGGGGCGAGUAUGACUACGAUUUUGGAGCGGUGCUUGCAUCGGCUUGAAUGGGAGCGGUCACAGGAACAGGCAAGGCAGAAGGCAGAGGAUGAAAUUGAGCAGGAGAGAAUGCAGAUGGCCAUGAUUGAUUGGCAUGACUUUGUGGUGGUCGAGGCAAUUGAGUUUGCGGAUGAUGAGGAUGAGGAAUUGCCACAGCCGAUGACUCUGGAAGAAGUCAUAAGGAGGAGCAAGGCGUUGGCUGCUAUGGAAGAUGAGGAAGAGAUUGCAGAAUCUGGAAAGGAAGUGGAAAUGGAAAUGGAUGAGGAGGAGGUGCAUUUGGUGGAAGAGAGCUUGAAGACGGCGAAUGAUGCUGAACAAAAUGACAGUAACAUGCAAGAGGAAGGCCACCCACAAACAUCUGCUGCACUGCCUCAGGAGGAAAUGGACCCGCCUAUGAGAAUUGUUAAGAACUGGAAGAGGCCCGAAGAGAGAGUGUUGGUUGAAAAGGAUCCAACUAAGUUUGUGGUUUCACCAAUUACGGGAGAACUGGUUCCCAUCAAUGAGAUGGCUGAGCACAUGCGGAUUUCAUUGAUAGAUCCCAAAUAUAAGGAACAGAAGGAGAGAAUGAUGGCCAAGCUUCGGGAGACAACUCUUGCACCAGAUGAUGAGAUUUCAAGAAACAUUGUUGGACUUGCUCGGACACGGCCAGAUAUUUUUGGUACUACAGAGGAGGAAGUUUCUAAUGCAGUUAAGGCUGAGAUAGAAAAGAAGAAAGAGGAACCAAAGCAAGUCAUUUGGGAUGGGCAUACUGGAAGCAUUGGCCGUACUGCGAACCAAGCCAUGACACAGAAUGCUGGAGAUGAACAGAUGGAUUUAAGCAAUAAUGAGGGAAGGGAUCUUCCUGGUCCGGCACCUCCUCCGAAAACAGGUUUGCUGCCUAUUCGGCCCCUUCCUCCUCCUCCUGGGCUGGCAUUGAAUAUUCCUCGACCUCCAAGCACAGUUCAAUAUUCUGCCCCAGCCACAUCCGCUUCUGUGAUGCCACCUCCCCCAAGGCCUUCUGUUCUACCACCUCCUCCUCUCCGACCACCUCCACCUCCUGCUGGUCUACCUCCUGCUCCGCAUCAGCUCAUGAACAGGCCACCUCCUCCACUUCCACCCCCAGGGUUGAUGCCAACUUCAAUGAUUACACCACCUCCUCCAGGUUCUCAAUAUCCACCUAUGCCGCCUCCUAGACCAUUUGGCCCUCCACCACCAGUCCCUCCACCAUCGAUGCCCAUGAUGCCACCACCACCUCCACCUCAGGGAAUGCCUCCCCCACCACCACCUGAAGAGGCUCCACCUCCACUGCCUGAAGAGCCCGAGCCCAAGAGGCAAAAGAUAGAUGAACUGCAACUCAUUCCAGAAGAUCAAUUCUUGGCACAACAUCCGGGAUCUGUGCGUAUAUCUGUCUCUGUUCCUAAUAUUGAAGAAGGAAAUUUGAGUGGUCAGAUGCUGGAAGUUACAAUUCAGUCUCUCUCAGAAUCUAUUGCCAAUCUUAAGGAUAAGAUUGCAGUAGAGAUUGCCCUGCCUGCAAACAAACAAAAGCUCAGUGGUAGGGCUGGGUUUCUCAAAGACAAUUUAUCGCUUGCAUAUUAUAACAUUGGGCCUGGAGAAAUAUUGACCUUGGCACUGAGGGAUCGUGGUGGUAGAAAAAAAUAGGCACGUAAUCCGGCUUCAAGAUGUUGGAACUUUGAUGAGCAUGCUUCUCUCUCUUCAUGGAUGAGGUUGUAUUGGUAGCUAUAUUCUCUGUGAUCUGAGAAGUGGUGACUGUUAUGAAACACUAGGAACAAUAGUUUCUUGAAAGUUUUUGAUAAGUUUGGUGUAAUAUAUUAAUUUUUGCCAUAUUGUUCUAAAAUUUAUAGGUUUUUGUUAAAUUUAAUUGCAAACUAUACAAAACAAAAUUUUGUUAUCGAUAAAGUUAUUUUAUUUAGUUCUGCAAAUAUGUUUAGUUAUU